AUGCUGAUUUCUCCCAUGGCUGAGAGGAACAAGGAGACCAUUCUGGAAGUUCUGGCGGACUACGUGGAUGACACAAGCUCGGCUUUUGGGCUCGAACUGGGAUCUGGGACAGGGCAGCAUGUGGUACAUUUCGCCCAGGCCCUGCCCACCGUCACCUGGCAGCCCUCAGAGAUGAGCCCAGCUUCUCAGCAGAGCAUCUCUGCUUACAUCCGAGCUACCAAGGUGACCAAUGUCCGAGAACCCCUCCCCAUAGAUGUAUCUCAGCCGUGGGAGCAGUGGGCUGGCCUGGAUCAAAGCUGCUGUGACUUUAUUGUCAUUAUCAACCUACUGCAUAUGACCAACAAAGGCUUAGAGGGGAUGUUUAAAGGCAUAGGGCAGCUGCUGAAACCUGGAGGCAUUUGUCUGGCUUACGGACCAUUUGCCAUCAACGGGAUCAUCAUCCCAGAGUGCAACGUGCAACUAGAUGAAAUGCUUCAGGCCAGGAACCCUGAGUGGGGGCUGAGAGAUGUAGAGGAACUUCGUCAGCUGGCCAACGCCAACUUCCUUCGACUUGAGCGCAUGCUGGAGAUGCCCGAAUACACCAAAUGCUUGAUCUUUCGGCGGAGGGAGUUAUGAUCUCUGGCUGUUGAAAAACUAAAGUACAACUGCAGUAUUAUAGAAAAAAAGUGAGCAUUACACUUGGAAA